AUGUCUAUUCGUUUUUGCAAUCUUAUGAUAUUAUCAAGAGCUAAACCAGCGUCUUCCGAAGGAGUGAAAAGAUCUACAUCGGACAAAAAAAUACCCAAAUUAGAGGAAUUUUUAGAGAAACGCGAUUACACAGGUGCUUUGACACUUUUGGAAUUCAACAACGCCUCAGAAAAUACUUUAAACUCCGAGCUAUGGAUGGGUUAUUGCGCGUUUCAUUUGGGGGAUUACAAACGUGCAGCUACGAUUUACGAAAAUUUACAAAAACGAGACGAAACACCGGCGGAUACCUCGACAAAUUUGGCAUGCUGUUAUUUCUUUCUUGGAAUGUACCCUGAAUCACAAAAACUUCUGGAAGAUGCACCGCACAGUAAAUUGAAGAACAGACUUUUGUUUCAUUUGGCGCAUAAAAUGGGCAACGAGGCGAAAUUAAUGGAAUAUCAUCACAUGUUGGAGGAUGUAAUAGAGGAUCAACUUAGCUUGGCAUCGAUUCAUUAUCUCAGAGCACAUUAUCAAGAGGCUAUCGACGUUUACAAAAAGAUUUUGUUAGAGAACAGAGAUUAUUUUGCGCUAAACGUAUACGUUGCUUUGUGUUAUUACAAAUUAGAUUAUUAUGACGUAGCUCAAGAAGUCCUCCAAGUUUACUUGCAAAAAUAUCCCGACAGUGCAAUAGCUAUAAAUUUAAAAGCGUGCAAUCACUUCCGUUUAUACAAUGGUAACGCUGCACAAAGUGAGAUGAAACAAUUGAUAGAAAAGAUGUCCAACUCUUUCAGCUUUAGUCACGAUCUUAUACGUCACAACGCGGUUGUUUUCAAAGGUGGAGAAGGUGCAUUGCAAAUUUUGCCCAAUUUGGUGGAUGUUAUACCAGAAGCCAGACUGAAUUUAGUAAUUUAUUAUUUAAAACAAGACGACGUGCGAGAAGCAUUCGAAUUAAUUAAAGAUCUUGAACCAGCUGUGCCACAGGAGUAUAUUUUAAAAGGAAUAGUUAAUGCAGUGAUGGGGCAAGAGACGAAUUCUCGCGAUAACAUAAAGACGGCGCAACAGUAUUUUCAAUUAGUGGGCUCCUCCGCAUCUGAAUGCGAUACCAUACCUGGUAGACAAUGCAUGGCAUCUUGCUUCUUCCUGUACCGUCAAUUCGAAGAAGUUCUCGUGUACUUAAAUUCAAUAAAGACUUAUUUCUCCAAUGAAGAUAAUUUCAACUUCAAUUAUGCGCAAGCACAAACUGCAGCAGGCUACUUCAAAGAAGCGGAAGAGGCGUUCUUAAAUAUACGAAACGAAAAAUAUAAAAAUGAUUAUAUUUACAUUAGUCUUCUGGCACAUUGUUUUAUAAUGAACAAGAAAUCCCAAUUGGCCUGGGAUUUAUACCUAAAAAUGGACACAACGACGGAAUCGUUUAAUCUGCUCCAAUUGAUAGCCAACGAUUGUUACAAAGUCGGUGAAUUUUGGUACGCAGCGAAAGCAUUCGACGUGUUAGAACGAAUGGAUCCAAGUCCUGAAAAUUGGGAAGGGAAACGUGGCGCUUGUUGCGGCGUGUUUCAAUACAUCGUGGCUGAAAGGCAAUCAAAAGAACUAUUACCUGAAAUUAUACAACUUUUGAAGAACACUUCGAAUUCACAAGUGGAGCAGAUCAUUCGAGUGAUGCGCAAAUGGGGUAAAGAUAACAGAAUUAAUUGUUGAUAUAACAGGAAUCGAAUGGACAGGAAGAUGAAUGAUGAGUUUAAACCUGAAACGCAACUUUAUCUUACAUAUAGUUUUAUAUUAAUAGAUUUAUGUAUUAUGCAAGACGCGUUAUUAUUAUGUAUAUGAAUUAACAAUAUAACUAUUUUAU